CUGUUUGGGACAAGAGUGGAGAUUGCGAGAGCCGCUUCUUUGGUGGCGUCCACGGGAACAGGUUAGAGGGGCUGCCCGUUGUUCCCCAUUAGCCGCUGCUAGUGAUAGUACUAGUGAUAGUGCUAGUUACCCUUUGGUUUAGGUGCUGCGGGGCUGAUCCCCUGGGAGGAGCCGAGAGAGAGAAGGGGGUCACACCUGGCAAGUGCCAUGCACUGAUCCCCCUCCUUCCAGCCCGCACCGCCCCCUCCCCGGCCAUUCCCGGCACAUAAAUGAUAGAGGAUACCAUGACUUUGCUGUCUCUCCUGGGUAGGAUCAUGCGCUACUUCUUACUCCGCCCGGAGACCCUGUUCUUGCUGUGUAUCAGCCUGGCCCUGUGGAGUUACUUCUUCCACACGGACGAGGUGAAGACCAUCGUGAAGUCCAGCAGGGACGCCGUGCAGAUGGUAAAGGGCAAGGUGGCCGAGAUGAUGCACAACGAGCGCCUCGGAGGGAUCGACGUGCUGGAAGCGGAGUUCUCCAAGACUUGGGAGUAUAAGAGCAACAAUGUGGCCGUCUAUUCCAUCCAGGGCAGGAGGGACCACAUGGAGGACCGCUUCGAGAUCAUCACCGACCUGCUCAACAAGAGCCACCCUUCUAUCUUUGGCAUCUUUGAUGGACAUGGAGGAGAGAUCAAGUCACUGAAAGAAAGGUGCCCAGGGUCACAGGAAAAUGUGCCUAACGCAAACUACAUCCAGAUCGGACGCUCAAGCCCACAGUUUAUUCUUGCUGCAAGAUGUACCCACAAUUUAAAUAAUUAGUAGUCUGUGGGCCUAAUCC